UCUUUUGCCUUUCGUCGUUACGUACAGGCGUACGAUAUAUAUUUGUUCGUUUGUUAAUUCAUUCAUUUCAACAUACAUUUUGGGAAGAUUAAAAAUAUAUUACAUCUUCAUUUAUUCAACAAAGAUAUAGGCUCAGUCAAAAAUAAUGUCAGGCGAUCGAGCCCAAGCAGGGUCUUCAGGAGCAAGUACGAGCGCAGGACGUGGACGUAGUUCUGGUUCAUCGUCUAACCAAGACCGUGAAAAGGAACAAAAAGAACCAAAAUUAAAUCCUAAAAUGUCAAAAGCUUUGAGUACUAGUGCUAAAAGGAUUCAGAAGGAACUAGCAGAGAUUACUCUGGAUCCACCUCCAAACUGCAGUGCUGGUCCAAAAGGAGACAAUUUGUAUGAGUGGGUGUCUACUAUACUGGGUCCUCCUGGUUCUGUCUAUGAAGGAGGUGUAUUCUUCCUGGACAUCCAUUUCUCACCUGAGUACCCAUUCAAACCUCCAAAAGUGACUUUUAGGACCAGAAUCUACCAUUGUAACAUCAACAGUCAAGGAGUUAUUUGUUUAGAUAUCUUAAAGGAUAACUGGAGCCCUGCCCUCACCAUAUCUAAAGUUCUUCUUUCCAUAUGUUCACUGCUCACAGAUUGUAAUCCAGGUAAGGAUUAG